GCGUCCGCCCUCCCCCUGCGCCCGGCCCGGAGCCCGGCGGCAGCGGCGGCGGCGGCGGCGGCUGUGUCCCUCCUACGGCAGCAGCCAUGAAGUCCCUGUGCCUCGUCACCGUGGGGGUCCUGGCCAUGACGCUGCUGAUCGCCAGCGUCUCCUUGCUGGUGGCACACGUCUUCCAGACCGUGGUGGACCUGCAAGUGAAGCAGGGAACAGUGCUGAAAAAUGGCACAGAAACCUUUGAGGCCUGGGAGGAUCCUCCCCCACCAGUCUACAUGCAGUUCUACUUCUUUAAUGUGACCAACCCUCUAGAAGUGCUCCAAGGUGCUACUCCUCUGGUAGAGGAAAUAGGGCCCUACACCUACAGGGAGUACAGGCCACGAGUGCACGUGCAGUUUUUGGACAAUGGCACCAAAGUAUCUGCUCUGAAUCCAAAGACAUACAUAUUUGAACCUGAGAAAUCAGUUGGAGACCCUGAAGUGGACCUGAUCAGAACCAUUAAUAUUCCUGCAGUGACUGCCAUGGAGUGGACCAGGUCAACCCCUCUCCAGCUUGCCACAGAGGUGCUGCUGCUCCUGUACCAAGAAUCCCUGUUCACGACUCGCACCGUCCACGACCUGCUGUGGGGCUACAAAGACAGGCUGCUGUCCACCAUCCAUCUGCUGCACCCCGAGAUUGACCCAGUCUUUGGGCUCUUUAACAAGAUGAAUGGCACUGAUGAUGGAGAAUAUGUUUUCCUGAGUGGGGAGACAGACUACCUUAACUUCUCAAGGAUUGUGGAAUGGAAAGGAAAAGAGUCAUUGAGCUGGUGGACAACAAAGACAUGCAACAUGAUCAAUGGGACAGAUGGGACAUCCUUCCACCCACUGAUCAGCAAAGAUGAGAACAUUUACAUCUUUUCUUCUGAUUUUUGCAGGUCUCUGUACCUGGUGUACGACAGCUCAGGAAGCGUUUCGGGCAUCCCAACCUACCGCUUUGUGCCCUCUGCUAUGGUGUUUGCCAACACAACAGUGAACCCAGACAAUGCUGGCUUCUGCAUCCCACCAGGAAACUGCCCUGGCACUGGCGUCCUCAACGUCAGCAUCUGCAAGCAGGGUGCCCCAAUAUUCCUGUCAGCUCCACAUUUUUACCUGGCAGAUCAGAAGUUUGUGGAGGACAUAGAGGGCAUGCACCCAAAAAAGGAAUACCAUGAGACAUUUCUGGACAUCAAUCCUCUGACAGGGCUUGUCCUGCAAGCAGCCAAGCGGAUGCAGGUCAACGUUCACGUCAGGAAACUACCUGAGUUUUUUGAGACAGGCAACAUCCGAACCCUGAUCUUCCCAGUGAUGUAUUUAAACGAGAGUGUUCUGAUUGAUGAAGGAUCUGCCACCAAGCUCAGGCACGUCCUGCUGGAAGCCAGUGUUGUCACUGGGAUCCCCUUUGUGAUCAUGGCUCUAGGAAUUGUUUUUGGGAUUGUUUUUAUCGUGCUCGUGUGCAGGUCCCGGGGAGUGAGCGAAGAGGGAAGGGAAGUUUUAAUAGACUCAGAAUAAAAGCAGCAAAGCAAAGGAAUGGAGCUAAUAGUACUGAAGAUGAAAGGUCCCCACUCAUCAGGACAUCUUAGUAGAUUUUAACAUGGGUUUGGAGAGUAAACCAUUAGAGCUGACCUAAUACCAACUACCACUAUCCAGUGCUGUCCACUGGGGAGAAACGAUGGGCUCAAGUAUUUAACUUCUUGUGGUACAGAGGUGGAAGAGAAUCUGCACUGUCAGCAGGGGAGGAGACUUUUCUUACCAGCUGUGUUCCAGUUUCAAAAUGACCUUUUCAAACUGCUUGAGAUCCUGCUUUUAUCAACUCUGCACUCUCUUUGUACCUGCACUGACAGCCACAGAUGAUCACAACCACUCUAUCAGUGAAAAGGGCCUGAUUCAUGAGAGGAACACCAUGGGUAACCUUGGAGACCAGCCUCAGGAGUGUGGGCUGCAAAGAACCCUUCUAGAAUCAGAGCAGGAUCCUGGAGCAUCCAGGAGCCAGGGACAAUUUUGCCAUAGGCCUAGUAUUGUUUUCUCUGUAAAGUGUUAUGCACUGACUGUUGUUAAUGUCACCAGCCCUUUCACAGCACUGAUUGGUACAACUAACCCAAAACACUGAGCAAAACUCUGUUAAGCAGCUGUACUUUCCAGGUAAAAAGAAGCCUCUUAACCCUUCUAACUCUGCACAGGAUCCUGUUGCAUGUUAGCCAUGCUUAAAGGUUUUGAGUUUGGUUUUUCCCCUUCAACUUAAAACACAACAGAAUGUUCUCAAGGGUGGAGGGUCCAAAACUGCUGUUCUUUAUUCUCUGGGGUGUGUGUCACAGCUCUCAGCUGUGUGGUUUGACAUGAGCACAGGUUGGCAGUCACAGUCACUGCCUGGGGUAAAAGCACACCUCUCUGUUAAGGUUUGUGUAAGGCUUUGGGGAGUCCAACACCACCUUCCUUUUGCUUUGGUUUGUUGGGGGUUUUUUUAACUUGUCAAGUGGAAACUUGUUUUAAAAAUCACCAAAAGUAUUCCCCCCCCCCCCCAAUUAAAAGAAUAUUCUCAUUGAGAAGUAUUUCCAUUAGAGCUAGAGAAUGAAAUGUGUUUGAAAACUGUAUUAUUGUCUUCUAAAUAGAGGCAUUGGUUUUUGCAUUGUU